AUGGAUAGAGUCGUUAUUGUCGGUGCAGGCCUCUACGGUCUCAUAACUGCCAAAACUUACUUAGAGGUCGCCGGUGUUUACGACAAUGGAGUCCAGUUUAAAGAAGCCGAAAUCAUCGAAGAGAUCCCUGUAUGCUUCAGUAAUGUCAAGCAAAACGCGUUGAUUGCGCCUGGCUGCCAGCUGCUGGUAAUCGAUGCCUUGUCAGAUGCUGGAGGAACAUGGGCGGAGGAACGCCUAUACCCAAAUCUGCUGAGUCAAAGCUCAUACGGUUCAUAUGAGUUCAGCGAUAUGUCUCUUCAACCUUAUCCAAGUGAGCAGGGAAGAGGCCCAUUCAUUCCUGGCUGGAGCAUCAAUCGCUAUCUGCACGCAUGGAUUGAAAAGUGGAGAUUGAAACAACAUAUCAGGUUGAAGUGGAAGGUUGAUAGCAUUUGUCGCCUCGAGAGCAAAGAGUGGCGCUUAGCGAUUACUAUCACCACAACGACUCCCCGGAAUAUUACCAUCAUUUGCGAUAAAUUGAUUUUGGCCACUGGGCUGACCUCCGUACCCAAUACUCCUAUCAUCAGCCAACCAGAAACAAUCAGAGAUCCCAUUAUCCACGCGAAAGACAUCGGUAAAUGGGCGCGUGAAAAUCUAGGAUAUCGACCCAUUCCAGAUUUUACGGAGAACACUCAGGAUCAUCAACUACCAGCCAAUAUUUCCUCAAGGGUGACCUCUGUUGUGAUCUAUGGUGGUGCUAAGACUUCGUUCGACCUGGUUCAUUUGUUCGCCAAGCUCCAUUUCAAGGAUAAAGCCAGAUAUAUGGAGAUGGUAGAUUGGCAGCGAGUCCAAGUCCAUUGGAUUAUCCGGGAAAAUGGAAGAGGGCCAGCGUGGAUGGUACCGCCAACUACGCUUCUCCCUGAUGGUGAGACUGGGCCGAGCGAUAAAGCGACGAGUACCAGACUUCUCCAUUACCUUCAUCCAUGCUCUUACGAAACACCAAAGCAUCUUCUCGUUCGAGGAUGGAAAUUGUGCCUGAAAGGAUCUUGGAUAGCACGUGUGCUUAACGGAAACUUCAUUGGUCGAAUUUAUAUUCGUAAACUUUGGAAAUCGAUCAAUCAGAGCAUUGAGGAUUGGGCAAUGUACGGAUCGGAUUCAAAGAUGCAAAAACUUCGACCGGAUAGGAGCAUUUACACUUGCGGUGCCAGCAUUGGUAUUGCCAACCAGCUAGAUUUGUGGAAAGUAAUCCGGUCUUCGCAUGUCAAGGUUUACCGGUCAAGUAUCACAGCCAUAUUUGAUGGAGAAGCUUUGUUUGACUGUGCUACCGUAUCGCUCUCGGAUGGUACUGUGAUUCCGGAUGUCGACCUUGUUGUCCAUGCUACUGGAUAUAAGCCAGUGGUUCCCAUUAACUUUGAACCGCCUAGCUUUCGUCUAACUCUUGGCCUUUUAAGUCUUGUGAAUAAAAGUUCACACGACACUGACAAUCUUGAGAGCUUGCAAACUAUUGACGGAUUGAUCCCAUUUGACUUGGUCUCAAAAACUCAUAUUCACCAUUGGGAAAUUAUGGAUCAGCGGGAGGAACCACGAAUUUGGAAAUCAUUAAAAAUGGCCGGAUGUCCUCGAGCUGAACAAUCUACACCCUCAUGGGCAGAUGACCUUGAUGUCCUGCCGUAUCGCCUCUUUCGACGCAUGGUAGCCCCAGAAUUGGUUGCUAGUGGGGAUCGGUCAUUUGCCAUAGUAGGUGUUUUACUAUCGUCUACUGUUCCGAUUAUUGCCGAAGUCCAGGCACUCUGGGUAACGGCCUUUUUGACCGGCGGGUUUGACGAUGAGGUGAUUGAGGCUCCUAGGCAUGAUGGAGUCCUCCACUUGACUACGCUAUCUCGUAAGGCAAUGGACCGAAGCAUUGCAGAAGAUGUGGUUCUAGGCUCUCUCACAGGCAGUGGUCUUGAGGUGGAUUCAAUUCACUAUAACGAUAUGCUCAUGCAGGAUUUGGGAUUGAACCCCAACCGCUUGGGUGGCGGGCUCAAGAGAGAAAUGACGGGUGUCUAUGAGCCAUCGGUUUAUGCUGGAAUUGUGGAUGAAUGGAGAACUAGUGCUAGUUUCGAUUCUAUCAUGUACGGUCUGAAGCAAAUUGCUGCUCUGAGCUUCAUGUUCCUCUCGGUUUCUGCGAAGGAUGUCAAGCAGACAACGAUUGGACUUGGUACCGACAAGAGCAGCCGUGCAGUCAUGGUUAAUCUAGAUGACUGCCAUGCAAUUAACGAGGACGAGGUUUUCACCGUUUCCGUCCAAAAAUACUGUCGUGUAUUCACGUAA